UUUGCAAGAGAAUAGAACAGAGUGACAGCAAUAUAGCAACAUAAUCGAUAUACAAAUGAAAUGUUAAUACUACAAGUGCUUAAUAGAACUCAGAGGCAAGGAGUUACAGCGGCCAUCAAGAGUCGUCACACAGCCCCAUAUACCCCCAUAUACGUCCCGUUGGACAAUGGCAGAAUUCGGAUGUAUCACAGAGACUCAGUGCAGUUGCCCCCUUCCUCCUGGACCCCCACAUUCACACCCCUCCUCCCAUCUGCUCUCAUGUUCCCUUUGUUUACCAGCGUUCACAGUGAGGGAAUCCUGACAGACGUGGUAUCGUGAUGUAAAGAGAUGGUGAAAGAGAACCUCAUCCAUCUCAGCUGCUCCUCCUUGCAGUGUGACAGAACGUGGGAGGUCACGGGGGCCGCUGCUGCAAAAUGAGCGAAGAGGCGGCUCAAACACCCCCCCCCCUCCAAUGCUGUCCUGGCUCCCGCUUGGCUCAUGCGCUGUGUGUCCGUUUCCCCUCCCCUCUCACACACCAGCCCCAGCAGUUAGCAGCUAGCUUCUGCCUGGUCCACAGUGCACACAGGAUGGUGGAGCAGGGUGCUGAGACCAGAACCAUGGCAGGGGGCCACGCACGGGACUGGAUGCUGGUCCCCCCUGUCUCAGCCCUUAUUAAAUACUCAUGCUUUCUCUGCUGGUUCAGAGAGAAGGACACAGUGGGGCACGAGACAGAGGAGGAGAAGGAGGAGGAGAAGGAGGAGGAGAGCAUCAGGAGCUGUGAAGUGCAGGAGCUGCAGAAGGAGGUGCAGCAUGAGAGCGGGGAGCUCCAGGAGCUGCAGUCCCAGCGGCGCCAUGUCCAGGACUCGCUGUACGAGCUGGCGCUGCAGAAGGGCUCCCUGGAACAGCAGCUGGGACACAUCCGGCAACAGUGCAGCCAGGAGAACCAGCUGAUCCUGUCUCUGCAGGCGGAACAGGAGGAGCAGCAGCAUCAGAUCGAGGAGUACGUGGAGGAGCUGGCGCGGGCACGAGAGGAACUGCGACUGCUGCGAGAGGAGGCCAAGUGCGCAGAGGAGAGGGUGGAGGCGACGCGUGCCAGGCUCCACCCACUCAAGGACUCGAUCUGCAAGUCCCAUGCGGAUGUAGAGCAGCUGCAGCAGAAGCUGGAGAAGCUCCAGACAAAGGAGGAGGGCGCAGCCACACUUCCCACAGGGGAGGCACCCCAAGAGGAGGAGCCAGGGGUGAAGGUGGAGCCAGAGUUGCAGGGGGAGGGGCAAUUGGACCAGGAAGUAGAGAAGAGACAAAAGACCCCCGAGGGAAAGAAGAAGAUCUGUGACUUUCCCGCAGAGUUCUACACCAGUGCCGCCCCAACAUGCUGUCCACAAGACACUGUGGAUAGUAACAGCUCCAGUCCUCUCCAUGAAAUCACAGAUGUUCAAGAUGAGAACCAGAAGCCACUAAUAUCCAGUGUGUUGGAGAAGGAGACAUUUACUGAAGAGGAUAACGGGUUCGAGUCAGAAGAGUCAUCGCAGGCCCAGCAAGCCUGUACCCCUCCUGUCGCUGAGCUCGACUUCUUCCAUUCAGACCCCUUCACAGACAGUGAUCCAUUCAAAGAUGACCUCUUUGGAAAAGCGGACGACUCAGAUCUUUUCAGCAGGGACCCAUUCAAAGGCACAGAUCCCUUCUCGGAAGAAGCCUUCUUCAAGGACUCCCCCUCCGACCCCUUCUGCUCUGCUGAGCCCUUGAUCUCCGCGGAUCCUGACCCACUUACCUGCCAGCUGGACAGAGCCGAGGGCGACCACUUCCUUUUGGAAAAGGACAGCAGAAGUGCAGCAGGAAUGGAAGCUCUGUCUUCUGCUUUUGACAACAGCGAUGGUCAUGACCUUUUCAGCUCUCGGUCAAACCUCACACCUCAACAAGACCCCUUUGUGACCGUUCUGUAUGCCGAGGGAUCCUCUGUGGAGGACAUGUCUUCAGCAUUUGGCAACCCUUUUGCUCCAGGAGGCAUGGCAGUGAAUGCUUGUUCUGACCCAGAUCCAUUUUCUGCUGUGUUUGAAAGUGAGUCCUUCGGAGAAAGAUUUGCUGAAUUCAGCCAGCUGUCCAAGUCAAGCAGUAUGGAAAGCUUCAGGUCCUCUGGUACCCGAGUCGGAGAUGAAUCUCCCACAGAGGAUGGUCACCAAGGCAUCCUUUAUGUGCCCCCAUCCAUAUCCCACACAGAAAUAAUGCCCACCAGUUCCUCCCCCCUGCAUGCCAGGAGGCCUUCCGCUGAUUCUCAAGCUGACUCUCAAGCUGACUCUUCAGAGCGGUUGGACCGGAGGACUCCCCCAUUGCCGCUGCAGUUAGGAGAUUCCUCCUCACGGCCCGACAAGGUGUCGUUCCACGACCCCUUCUCCACGCCUCAGUGUGAGCCUCCCCCCGGAGACCCACAGGGCGUCACUGGCUCUGAACGUGCGAGAUCCACUUUGCCCUCUCUAUCACCCGUGGAAACACUGUAGCCCCGGCCCCAUCUCGCCCUACCACAAAUCACUCAGUCGAACUGCAGUUCCCGUCAUACCCAGCCAUAUGCAAAUCAUAAACCGCAGAGCAGCCAGAUUUCUUUCUCUCUCACCACAGGAAAGAAGUAGACAAAAGGCAAUACACUACAAUAAGAUUUCUAUGGUUUAAAAGUAGAAUUAUUAUUAAUGUAAUAAUUUAUUUAUUCAAAUCAAAUUUAUUUUUCUAAUUCAUUCCUUGGAACUGAUGAUGAUUGCAGUAACCAGCCAUUAUGUUGCCACCAAAUGUUACUGGAUAUUUACACGUCCUUCCUUCCUUUGCUCUUGGUUGCCUUGAUCUCCGAUGGAGAAGGGCGCCUCCUAGCUGUGGAGGGAAGCCUCCUUCAACUCUCCUCAGCGUGGCCCCAGUGACUUGAUUUAGAAAACGUCCCAGUGUUUUCUGGGCUCACACUGACGUCCUGAACUUGAACUGCGAUGUCACAGGUUACAGCACCUGCGCAGUCCCCUGUCCCGUCCCACUAAAGCGCAGCCAUGCGUCCGCUUCCUGAUCUGUAUGUGAAAUGAGCCCCAGCAGUUUAUCCCUCACCUGUGAAAAGAAUUGAAUUCAAGACAAAUUGGUCCCUUUCUAAAAAAUGUUCAAUUUGUGAGCAGCUUAUGGGAAUCCACUAUAUUGAUUUUUGUUACUUUUAACACUUCAGCAUAAUCUAGCAAUCAGAACGAAGAUGCCUUAAAUUGUACGGCCCUUCAGUUCUCUACUCGUUCACGCCCUUAAUAUUUUAUCAACGCUGGAUGCAUCAAGCCGAAUAUUUCUUGCUACAAGAAAUUUUUCCCGACAUUUUUAAUAAUUUAAAAAGGGGAAGCUUUGGACAGCGUAAAUAUUCAGAGCCCGGAACUUGAUGCGGUAUUUGAUUUUGUGGCAGUUUCAGCCACAGGCCUUUGUUCUUGGCCAGCUUUGCAUAGCAGUGAUGUGCAGUUUUUGGUGUUUUUCCCUUUCCUUUUGACUGACUGGCACAGGCGCUGCACACUUGCCCCGGACCGCAAGCUUCAAGCCUUAUGAACAGCAGUUUUUGAGACUUUUCAGAGAUUCUCAGUAGAACGGCGUUCAGCACUUUGUCUGGGCCACACAAGGACUUUCACGUCCUUAUUCUUACACCACUCCAGAGUAGCUUUACUCUCACCUCAUUCUAUAUUCAUAUAUAUGUGCAUGUUCAUUAGAAUUAUCGUGAUGUUCAACGAUCGUUUUGUUUUAGGACUAGGUGUGAUAGAAAACAAUUACAUACCGCAGGAUAUCGAAUAAACAUAAUACUGUUUUUACUGAGCAGUUAUUCUGUCAUAAUUUUCAUAAGAAUGAAGUGAAAUAUUAAUAUGAAAUGUUAGUUGCAUAACACUAAGGAAUGGACUGUUAUAGCAUAGGUAUUGAUUUCUGCAUAAAAUCUGACCUUGUAGCAACACGCUCGGGUGGAACCACAUG